AUGGUGGAGUGGACUGAAGAUGUAUUCCCGAAUGCUACCAACGUCCAGCCACACGAGCCCCCUGAGGACUACCGACCUGGCGGCUUCCACCCUGUCGCUCUUGGCGACACCUUCCAAGACGGGAGGUUUGUAAUUAAGCACAAGCUAGGCUUCGGAGGGCAGGCGACCGUGUGGCUUGCGCAUGAUACUCGUCAGAGCCAAUGGGUGUCAUUGAAGAUCAAACAGUCUCGAAUAAGUGAGGGCCCACUCGAGCAAGACCAGGAGGUACGAGCCCUGCUGGCCCUGGAGAAGCACCACGCCAGCAGUGAUCAAAAACAACCAAGAUGCUUCACCCGUCUAUUGGAGACUUUCCAAAUUUCCGGGCCAAAUGGCACGCACAACUGCCUCGUCACGGAAUUGGUCGGGCCAUCAGUCGCGAGGGUACUCCGUGCAUGUGGUCUUUUUGGUGAGACUCUGAGACCUGACACAGUACUUCGAGCUUCGAAGCGCGUACUUCAGGCAGUAGACUUUGCGCACCGAGCUGGCGUGGUCCAUGGAGAUAUUUCUUUCGGCAACGUUGCCUUUACGUGCGAUGUAGCACUGAACGGUGAUGAGGACUUCUUUGUCGCCCUGGGCGGGCAACCCAUCACAGCCACAUACACUGGCCAAGAAGCACUCCCGCCCAACAUGCCUCGCGUGCUGGUCAAGACUGCGGAUUGGGAUAUGUGGACUGACCGGGACGAGGAGGACAUGCGGCUCCUAGACUGGGGCUUGGCGUUCCCAGCUGGGCAAGUAGUCACGACACUUCCGCAGCCAAUCGACCUUCGGUCGCCAGAAACCUUUUUCUGUGCGUCGAUCGACUCCCAUCAUGACCUGUGGAGGGCAGGCUGUGUUAUCUACGCCUUGUAUUUUCAGCAAUCACCAUUUCCAUUUGAGCACGGCUCUGACGGUGCUUUUGUUGGGCAAAUGGUGUCAAAGCUUGGUCCAUUACCAGCCCAAUGGCAUUCGCUGUGGAGGGAGAUGCAAAGGAGAAGCAUGGACUCUGAAGUCAAUGGCCACCAUCAAAGAGACGUGGACACGUUCGAAGAGAGGAGGAGAACUAUCAUCAGAAAGUGUCAGGAAGAGGAAGAGUACCAAGUCGACGAGUAUUCGGAUUACGACUUCAAAUCCCUCCGAGUGCUAUCUCUUACAAUAUCUGCAUUGCUGAAAUGGGAGCCUUCGAGCCGUGAAUCCGCCAAACAGGCGCUUUCACUCAUAGAGUGGGUUGACUACCGCAACGAGACUUGA